AAGCACGUGUCGAAAGUGCGGCGGUGGGCUCCUGUUCGCGCGUGCCCACUGCGACGCCGCGGCCCCUCUUUGUUUGACUGCCGUUUGGCGACAGCCGCCGCUUCGUGAGCAGUGGGGCGCAAUGGCCGGGUCCUGGGCUGUGGCGAGCUUUCUCCGCAGGUCCCCGGCCGGGUUCCUGCGCUCACACGGCUGUAACUAACGUGGAAUGUCUUUUGGAAUCCUUGAUUACAGCCGACGAACCUUUGGAGCCUUACGUAUCGCGGAUUUAGUUAUAUAAAAAUUUGGAGGACAUGAGGCAGUCUCGAUCGAGAAGAUGGUUGGCUUGUUGACCCUGAAGUGGAUGUAAAGUACAAAUGCCAUGGGUUUGGAUUUUGAUGUAAAGACGUUCUGUCACAAUCUUCGAGCCACCAAACCUCCCUAUGAAUGUCCAGUAGAAACAUGCCGCAAAAUUUACAAGAGCUACAGUGGCAUUGAAUACCACCUUUACAAUUAUGAUCAUGACAACCCUCUGCCCCCACACAGCACCCCUCUCCGCAAGCCAAAAAAGAAGGGGCGACAGUCACGAGGGUCUGGUGGUGGAGCAGGAGGUAGCUCAACUCCUUCUGGGGGUACAGGCCAGCUCAGCCCUGCCCCAUCUGAAGCUUCCCAUUCCCCAAGCCGUGAGACUAUGACAUAUGCCCAGGCUCAACGUUUGGUGGAAGUGGAUAUUCAGGGUCGGGUACAUAGGAUUAGCAUCUUUGAAAACCUAGAUGUUGUUUCAGAGGAAGAAGAUGCCACUGAGGACAACUCUAUAGGAGUAAGCGUCAGUGGAGAUGUCAGUGGAGCAAAAGAAAGGCCAGAUACUCCAGCUAAUACAAAUGCUGGAGGAGCCAAGAGCACCAACAACACCCCAAAAUCAGGGAAGCAUAAGAACAAAGAGAAAAAGAAAGAGGCAUCUGUACACCAUCAUCACCACAAUGCCUCAUCUGGCCCAGCUGUCAAAUUACCAGAAGUUGUCUACAGAGAACUGGAGCAGGAUUUGCCAGAUGCCCCUCCAAGACCUUCUUCCUACUACAGGUAUAUAGAUAAAUCUGUAGAAGAACUAGAUGAAGAAAUAGAGUAUGAUAUGGAUGAGGAAGAUUAUAUUUGGCUGGAUAUAAUGAAUGAAAAGCGACAAACGGAAGGAGUGAUGCCUGUUCCUCAGGAGAUUUUUGAGUAUCUUAUGGAUAGACUAGAGAAGGAGUCUUAUUUUGAGAGCCAUAACAAGGCAGACCCCAGUGCUCUGAUAGAUGAAGAUGCUGUAUGCUGCAUUUGUAAUGAUGGGGAGUGUCAGAACAGCAAUGUUAUUCUCUUUUGUGAUAUGUGUAACCUAGCUGUACAUCAGGAAUGCUAUGGUGUUCCCUAUAUUCCAGAGGGGCAGUGGCUUUGUCGCCGCUGUUUGCAGUCCCCCUCACGGGCUGUCGAUUGUGCACUGUGUCCCAACAAAGGAGGUGCUUUUAAACAAACUGAUGAUAGCCGCUGGGCUCAUGUAGUGUGUGCACUGUGGAUUCCUGAAGUUUGUUUUGCCAACACAGUGUUUCUUGAGCCCAUUGACAGCAUCGAGCACAUCCCCCCGGCCAGGUGGAAGCUGACCUGCUACAUUUGUAAACAGCGUGGUUCAGGUGCUUGCAUCCAGUGCCACAAAGCCAACUGCUAUACAGCUUUCCAUGUAACCUGUGCUCAGCAAGCAGGGUUAUACAUGAAGAUGGAGCCAGUGCGGGAGACUAGUGCCAAUGGCACAUCCUUCAGUGUGAGGAAAACUGCCUACUGUGAUAUUCACACACCACCUGGAUCAAUGCGCCGGUCAGCCACCCUUUCACAUAGUGAUGCAGAGCCAGAGGAAGAUGAUGAGCUUCUCGAGGAUGAUGGCAAAGGUUGGAGUUCUGAGAAAGUGAAAAAGGCCAAAGCCAAGUCCCGUAUCAAAAUGAAGAAAGCACGUAAAAUCCUGGCAGAGAAGCGAGCUGCUGCACCAGUGGUGUCUGUUCCCUGCAUACCACCACACAGGCUUAGUAGAAUCACAAGUCGCCUGACAUUGCCUAGAAAAAGCCAGUUCAUGCAAAGGCUACACAGUUACUGGACAUUGAAGAGGCAGUCUAGAAAUGGUGUACCUUUACUGAGGCGACUGCAGACACACUUGCAGUCACAACGCAACCUUGAUCAAGACAGUGAAGAUAAAGAGAGCAGUCCAUCAGAUGGAGCAGUGUUAACUAGAGACAAUGAGGAGAAAAACAGUGUCUUGAAAGAACAACUUAAGUCUUGGCAACGAUUAAGGCAUGACUUGGAGAGAGCACGGUUAUUGGUCGAAUUGAUCCGAAAGAGGGAAAAGAUCAAGCGAGAGACGAUCAAAGUACAGCAGAUAGCUAUGGAGAUCCAGCUGACUCCUUUUCUGAUCCUGUUAAGGAACACUUUGGAACAACUACAGGAGAAAGACACUAGCAACUUUUUUGCAGAGCCAGUUCCCCUCUCUGAGGUUCCUGACUACUUGGACCAUAUAAAGAAACCAAUGGAUUUCCAGACCAUGUGGAAAAGCCUGGAGGCACAUAAAUACAGAAGUUUGGAUCAGUUUGAGGAGGAUUUCAGCUUGAUUGUUAACAAUUGCAUGAAAUAUAAUGCUAAGGACACAGUGUUCUACAGGGCUGCUGUGCGUCUUCGAGAGCAGGGUGGUGCUGUUUUGAGGCAGGCUCGACGACAGGCAGAAAAAAUUGGAAUUGACUUUGAGACUGGAAUGCAUUUGCCUAAACCACCUAUUGUAGAGGGGCAUCGAAUGCAGCUAGGACUUGAUAAUCUGUUGCUACCAGAGAACAGGAAGCGUUUGCCCCUGGAUGAGCAGCUUAAGGUCCUGCAGGAAAAACUGGAUGAGGUGAGCGCCGGAAAGCACAGCAUUGGCCGUUCUCGCCGAGCCAAGAUGUUAAAGAAGGAGAUAACAGUGAUCAAACGUAAACUGGCCCACCAGCGGGAGGGGGGCCGGGAGGGGGGCGACCGAGGGCCAAUACAGCACCACGGGCGGGGGGUCCCCCCCUCACACCACCCCGCCAGCAAUAUGGGAAAGGACCGCUUGCCCAGUGACAAUGAUGGAGAGAGCAGCAGUCAUGAGAUGGAAAGCAAAGGAAUAGGGGUGUCAUCCUCUUCGUCAAUGGCUCCUGAAGUGGGACGCCGUACCUCUGUUCUGUUCUCCAAGAAAAAUCCAAAGACUGCAGGACCGCCAAAGAGACCAGGUCGACCUCCCAAAAUCAGAGAUGGUCAAGGAGGGCCUGGAUCAAGUUCUAGUCCUAUUGGGCCUCCUCAGCUUCCUCUUCUAUCAAAUUCUCGGCAAAGGAAACGUGUCCGUAGUCCUAGAACUAGCUCUAGUUCUGACAGUGAGAGUGAUAAGAGCACAGAGGAACCACAUGUGGGUCUUCCUGCUAACGGUUUUGAUGGUGGCAGCCAGCCAGUAACAGAAAGUUUCCGUGUGUACAGAAAUGAGCGCAGCCUACCCAGAAGCAGUUCUGACUCCGAAUCAAGUACAACUACCAGUAGCAGUGCAGCCUCGGAUCGCACCAGCACAACUCCGUCUAAACAAGGCAGAGCCAAGCCAACAUUCUCCAGAGGGAAUUUCCCUGAAGACAGUAGUGAAGAAACCUCUGGAACAGAGAAUGAGGCCUAUUCUGUUGGAGGGGGACACAGGGUCUCACACAAUAUGGUACGCUCAGGAAGAAGCCGUUCAACAUGCUGGAUGACUGCGGAUGAGUACAGUACACUAGAUGCCCUGGACCUAGUUUGGGCAAAGUGUCGUGGUUAUCCCUCUUAUCCUGCUCUAAUCAUAGAUCCAAAAAUGCCCCGGGAGGGCAUGUUUCAUCAUGGAGUCCCCAUCCCUGUACCUCCUCUUGAUGUGCUGAAGUUGGGUGAGCAGAUGACACAGGAAGCUCAGGAACAUCUCUAUCUCGUUCUCUUCUUUGACAACAAGAGGACCUGGCAGUGGCUCCCACGCAGCAAACUCGUUCCUCUUGGUGUGGACCAGGAACUGGACAAGGAGAAAAUGUUAGAAGGUCGCAAGUCCAAUAUCAGGAAAUCUGUGCAGGUGGCAUACCAUCGAGCUAUGCAGCAUCGAAAUAAAGUACAAAGUGAGCAGACAAGUGACUCGAGUGACACUGACUAGCACUGCUGCCCUUCUGGAAUCUUCACAAAUGGACAAGAGCAGCGAAGUCAGUGAUCUGGAAUUGUAGGAGUAAUAAAAUCUUAAACCACAUGAAAGAUGCAGAAGAAAUACAACAAACCAGUUGUUAGAAACCUGGCUUUCAGAGGCUGAAAAUCAAAUUGAUGUGAAUCCAGUCACACUUUUUCCCCUGUGUGGUUAAACCUCAACCCAGCACAGCAUGAGUGAUAAAACUGCCUUUAGCAGGCUUCCAGUAACUGGCACUCUCGAGCUUCACUGUGACUUGCUUACUAUACAGAGACCACUGUCCACAGUGAUAAUGGAAGAACUUUUUAAAUAUUUUGAUAACAGUAAAAAAAAAAAAUAUAUAUAUAUAUAUAUAUAAUUCAGUAAAAGCUUCUCAACAGGCAUAGGUUCCAUUUUUUCCCCCAUGGAUACAUUUUCUUCUUUAUAUCUUUCUCACAGACACUGUUUAUUCCAUUCAAAAAAUAUAUAUUUUCAGAAUUCCAGUUAUUAGCAAUUAAUUUGAGAAUCUGAAGCACUCGAUUCCCAAGUGCAUUCAAACCUGUGAUGUUAGUAUACUGUACCUCUAGAUCUCUAUCACUGGCAAACUGAAAGCGAGCAGAUAAUAAGAUGGCAUGUAGAUGUUUUACUUGAGAACUCGAUUGCUUUUCAGUUCAAUUCUGAUUGUUAUGUAGCUUUUUAAAGAAAGUUAGGUCUUAAUUCUGUCUCUGUGUACAUUAUAAAUUUAUAACAAUCAUGUCCGUUUUGUUUUUUUUUGUCCAUGCAAACAGUACGAGUCAUUUUGUAGUUAACGGUUACUUUUUGUUUGCCAAUGACAGUUUUGGACUCCCACCCCCAUUAGAAUUUACUGAGGGCUGAGCACACAGACUUGGACCCCACUUGGUAGCUUCAGGACUUAAUCAGAUGUUGCUCUCAGGCUUGUGGAAUUUUAUAAAAGCUGAUACCAGAUUUGUAGAAGUUGUUUUCCAACAAAAUAUUUGCAGACUGUCUGUAUUCAGAACUUUCUUCAGUCGGGUCUGGUUAACUGUCUAGGCACGGAGGGGACAUUUUUUGACGUGUUUUUCACAAAGUUGGUGCCCAGUGUGUUCAAGCUUAUGUUGCAGAAUCAUUCAUUAGAGACAAAUGAACACUUUGGUAGCCUGGCUGCCUGUGUCCUGUCUCUUUUGCCUCUCUUCAUAUCAGUCUGUUACGUAUAUUGUGCAGAUGGUUAGAAACCUGCAGGGGAGAGGCUUUGUAGGGAUCUGUGAAGAUCUCGGAAGCAAAAGUCUCUGUGUUGAGUGAUUUAAAACAAAUCGGAUCAUUGUGUAUGCCUGGGGAUGUGUGUUUGGGACACAUAGCAUCUCUUUAGAAUUUUCUUUCUUUCUAAAUCACAUUUAGUGUGAACCUUAAACAGUAUUUUGCAUGAAUACUGGCAAACUGUUCAACACAUUAUGAAUAUGAUAAAGUCAUUACACAUUUAGCAAUUAAAUAUUGUUUCACGACCAGGAGAAAUUGUACAUUUUUUCAGUACUAAUGAUUGCACAGGACCUUUUGGAACCUUUAGUGAUUUCCAUUUUAAAGUCAUUUUAUAUUAAAUACCUUCAUUGUAAAAGAAAUAUUGCUUUUCAAAUGGCAUUAGUAAUGCCCUCUUUGUAUUAUAUUUGAUGUCAAACUUUUGAUGCUGGUUUAGAGUAACAUAGACUGUCAUCUUUUUUUAUUAAUUUAUUUUUUUAGUACUUAUUUUGAUACCAUGUUAAAAAAACUUCUGUGUUUUCUGUGGCAAUCACCUUGGCACCUACAUGUCUCUUUCAGGAGCAUGUGCUUUUGGAGGGUGGGGGUGUAUUUAUUUCUGUGGGAAAUAAAAUCCUGAUGACAGACAA